AAAUAAUUUGAGCAAGAAUUGAAAAAUAGAAGUAAAAGCCUGCUAGUAUGGGUUUGUUUGGGCAAACCAAAGCAAAGGACCCAAGAGAGACAAUACGGGAGAUGAAAAGGAAAAUGCGCUCUGAACAAAGAGGAAUAGACAGAAACAUAAAUCAAAUUAAACGCGAGGAGAUGAAGGUGAAAAACUCAUUGAAAGAGGCAGCUAAGAAAGGAGACAAGGAUGUUUGCAAGAUCUUGGCAAGGGAAAUCGUUGGUUCUCAAAGAGCAGUUAGCAAACUGCAUGCCAGUAAAGCACAGAUAAAUUCUGUAGUUAUGCAGAUGGAGUCACAGGCAAGCAUGGUCAGGAUGUCUAAAGGAAUGCAAGCAUCUACUGACGUUAUGAAACUUAUGAACAAGUUGACUAAGGUAUCAGAGAUCUCACAAACGAUGCAAGAAUUGUCAAGAGAGAUGACCAAAGCAGGAAUCAUGGAAGAAAUGAUGGAGGAUACAAUGGCUAUGAGUGAUGAUGAGGAAAUGGAUGACAUUGCUGAAGGUGAGGUAGAAAAGAUCCUGUUUGAAUUGACGAAAGGACAGCUUGGUAAUGAAACUGCCAUCAGCACUCCACUUGUACAAGAAGAGGAAACUGCAGGGCCCGCUGGUGAGGAGGAGUCGUCAGAGGAGGAGGACGACUUACAAUCGCGUCUUGCUGCCCUAAGAAGCUAAUCCUUAUUGGUUUUAAUAAGUGAUGCACUGGGAACAUGUGUUCAAUGUGAAAUUUUGAUCAAGCCUGAAAUUUUCCGGUUCAUCUGCGUUUUGUAGUGAUGUUUUAUCAAUUUUAUUGGCUUGCAGAUUUUUCAGUCGAUGUUUUCUGCUCCUCGAUUACACUUCUGUUCUUGUUCUUUGCAAUAGUAAUUAGCAAGCAAUUGUUUAGAGUUCUUAUCGGAACUUAUCUUACAAUGAUGUAAAAUGUGUAUAUCCUAAGUUAGGCAAAUUAUUGAAAUAACUAACGAGCUGGCCAAGUAGAGUUUGUGUUAUUAAGUAUAAAAUGUAUUUUCAAAUUUAAAAAGAUUUCCUCAAAUUAUUGAUCAAACGUUUAUUCAAUGAUACGAAAGAUUUCUUUAACCUUAAAGUAUUGCUCACUUUUUACAAAGUUUUAAAGCUUUGUAUGGUUAAGAACAUAGAGAUUUAAAUGUUACAUAGUAAUGUUGAUAGCUUGAUGUUAAUGUACCGGUUUUCAGUUUUAUGGAUUAUAAUCAGAAUUCAUAUUAUAUUCAAUUCAUUAAUUUCUUGCAUCAUUAUAAUCUAUCGACCAUUAUUUUAUCAUGUGAACAUUGCCGGGUGGACUUUUAAUAUUGAAAAUAUAUCGAGAUACACAGCUAAGUAUAAAUAAUUCGUGAUUUUAAAUAUAGUUAAAAGAAAUAGCAUGAUAAAAAAGUACGUUUAGUUCUAUGCUAUGAGUGAUAAGGUUGUUUUGAAGGUGGCUAAAGUUUCGACAGUUUUUGAUUGAAUAUCAUACUGUAUUUUGUUAUUUUAUUUUGAUAUAAUUCGCUGAUUAUCUCUUUUACUGAGAAACAUCUAUGUAUGACUACUUUUAGCGGUUUUGAACAAUUAUUAGCAAGUUGUUUGUAAUGAUUAAGAUCUUGUAGCUAAAUGAUUUUUACAAAUUUCCUUCAUAA